GUCAGUUUGUAACGAAUUUGGUUCGACGGCACAGUUUAGGCGCCAUUUACAAGAUCGAGUUUUCGAGCAGGACAGCGACUCGGAAUGACACGGGAAUAACGUUUUAUGGAAUAUAGUCGCCUGGUUUUGGAUCGAAGAAUUCUUCUUUUAACGCAGUCGCGACUCGGGUCAGAAAAGGAAGACUUUUAACAGCCCGUUUGCAAACCGCGGAAGAUUUCAAAUCAUGCCACCUAAAACUGCGAAGAGCUCAACAGCCUCCGCCAAGCCAAGAGGGAAGGGGUCGCAGCCUCGGGAUGACUCCGGAGACGAGCUGGAUGUACCCCCUCAAGAAACCAACUCCAACAGCCAAGAGGAGGCACCGCCGACAACUGAUCCGUCUCAGGGGGAAGUUGCCGAGGCGGCUGAUAAUCGAAGUUUGGAGGAGAUUCUCGGUAGCAUCCCUCCACCCCCGCCCCCAGCAAUGACCAAUGAACCGGGCGCUCCUCGCCUCAUGAUAACGCAUUUAGUUAAUCGCAACUUCAAGUCGUACGCAGGCGAGCAGAUUCUGGGGCCUUUUCACAAGCGCUUUUCCUGCAUCAUUGGUCCAAAUGGAAGUGGGAAGUCCAAUGUGAUAGAUUCAAUGCUCUUUGUUUUUGGAUACAGAGCUCAAAAGAUCAGAUCGAAAAAGCUCUCGGUGCUGAUUCACAGCUCUGAUAAGCACAAAGAUGUGCAAAGCUGUACUGUGGAGGUGCACUUUCAAAAGAUUAUUGAUAAGGAAGGAGAUGACUACGAAGUCAUCCUCAACAGCAAGUUCUACGUUUCCAGGACUGCCAACAAAGACAAUUCCUCCGCUUACCAUAUCAAUGGCAAGAAAGCUACGUUCAAAGAAGUGGGAGCUUUACUCCGAAGCCAUGGCAUUGACCUAGACCACAACAGAUUCCUGAUCUUACAGGGCGAGGUGGAGCAGAUCGCCAUGAUGAAGCCUAAAGGUCAGACCGAACACGAUGAGGGCAUGCUGGAGUACCUCGAGGACAUCAUUGGCUCCUGUCGCCUCAAGGAACCCAUACACACCCUGUCUCGUCGAAUUGAGCUCCUCAAUGAGCAAAGGGGGGAGAAGCUAAACAGAGUGAAGCUCGUGGAAAAGGAAAAAAAUGCUUUGGAGGGUGAAAAGAACAAAGCUGUGGAGUUUCUUACCCUGGAGAACGACAUCUUCAAACACAAGAGCCAGCUCUGCCAGUAUUAUGUUCACGACCUGCAGAAGCGUGUGGUGGACAGAGAGCAAGAAAAGCAAAAGAUCUUGGAGGACAACAAAGAACUGUCUGAGAAAAAUGCAAAGAUAUCACAGGAGAUGGAGAAAAAAAACCAAGAGCUCAAAAAUGUGGAAAAGAAAGAAAACAAAAUCAACAAGUACAUUGAGACCCAGAAGGAGAAGUUCACCCAGCUGGACCUGCAGGAUGUAGAAGUGCGUGAGAAGAUUAAACACUGCAAGAGCAAGAACAAGAAGCAGCAGAAGCAGCUGGAGAAGGACAAAGAGAAGCUGGAGGAAGUGCGGCGGGUACCAGCCAACAGUGAAAAGGCCAUCUCUGAGGCAACGGCUCGCAAAGAGGAGCUGGAGAAGGUGAAGGUGAAAGAAGAAGAGAAGCUUAAAGAAGUGAUGGAGAGUCUGAAGGAAGAAACCAGUGGCUUGCAGCAAGACAAAGAGAAAAAAGAGAAGGAGCUGUUAGAGCUCAGCAAGUCUGUGAAUGAGACCCGCUCUCGUAUGGACCUCGCCCAGUCGGAGCUGGACAUCUACCUCAGCCGUCACAACACAGCCCUGACGGCGCUGAACACGGCCAAGCAGACUCUUCAGACGACCACGGACACGCUGCGAGACCGCCGCGCCGCCAUCAAAGACCUGGAGGUCAAAAUACCCCAAAAAGAGAAGGAGCUGAAAAAGGACGAGGUGGAGCUGGAGCAGCUGGUGAAAAUGGAUAAUGACACCAGAGAUGUGGUGAGGAACUUGAGGCAGAAGGUGGACGAAGCCAAGAGCUCCAUGUCCUCCAACCGCAGUCGGGGGAAAGUCCUGGAUGCGCUCAUGCAGCAGAAAAGGAGCGGCAAAAUUCCUGGCAUCUUUGGACGAUUGGGAGACCUCGGAGCCAUCGAUGAGAAGUUUGACGUGGCCAUUUCCUCCAGCUGUGGCGCUCUGGACAACAUCGUGGUGGAUACGAUCGACACGGCUCAAAGAUGUGUCACAUUCCUCAAAGAGCAGAACAUCGGCGUGGCCACCUUCAUUGGUCUUGACAAGAUGAAAGUGUGGGAGAAAAACAUGGCUCCUAUCCGCACUCCAGAGAACAGCCCCCGCCUCUUUGACAUGGUGCGAGUGCAGGACGAAAGCGUGCGACCCGCUUUCUACUUCGCCCUCAGGGACACGCUGGUGGCUCAAGACAUGGAGCAGGCCACCAGGAUGGCGUUUCAGAAGGACCGGCGCUGGAGAGUGGUCACCCUGAAGGGGCAGAUCAUCGAGAUGGCCGGAACCAUGACCGGAGGAGGAAAAGUAAUGAAGGGCCGAAUGGGCUCAUCAAUCGGUACCGAGUUCUCCCAGGCCGAGCUCGACCAGAUGGAGAGCAAGCUGAACGAAAAAGUGUCGAAGCUGCAGGACUGCCAAGAGAAAAAGCUGCAGCUGGAGGAGAGCGUCCAGCGCCUGCGCCCUCAGCUCCGAGACAUGAAGAACACCUUGGAAAAAUACACCAAGAGCAUGACUAGUAUGGCUGACCAGGAGACUCACUUGAAAGUUCAGAUGAAGGAACUUGAAGCCAACGUGCUGGCAGCUGCCCCAGACAAGGCCAAACAGAAACAGAUGGAGAAGAGCCUGGAGGCUUUCAAAAAAGACUUCGAGGCUGCUUCCAGUAAGGCCGGGAAAGUGGAGAACGAGGUGAAGAGGCUCCACAACCUGAUCGUGGACAUAAACAGUCACAAGCUGAAGGCUCAGCAGGACAAGCUGGACAAGGUCAACAAGGAGCUGGACAACUGCUCCUCCACCAUCACCAAGGCUCAAGUGGCCAUAAAGACGGCCGAUCGAAACCUGAAGAAGUGUGAGGAGAGCGUGGCCCGAGUGCAGGCGGAGAUGGAGGAGAACGAGAAGGCCAUGGUGGAGCUCACCGAACAGCUGAAGAAGCUGGAGGACGAAGCCGGGGAGGUCAUGAAGUCCUGCCACGAGGCGGAGGCCGCCCUGCCCGAGGUGCAGGAGCAGCACGAGGAGGUGCUGAAGGAGAUCAAGGCGCUGCAGCAGGAGGAGCACGCCCUGCAGGAGCAGUCCCUCAGCGUCCGGCUCCGCGUUGAGCAGAUCGAGAGCACCAUCAGCGAACACAACAACAAGAUCAAACACUGGCAGAAGGAGGCCACCAAACUGUCCCUUCACACCAUCGAGGACAAGCAAGCGGAGCCGCUCCCCAUCCUGACUCCCGACGAACUGGAAAAGAUCUCCGACCCCAACGUCCUCGUCAACCAGAUGAUGACCUUAGAGACUCGCUGCUCGCAGAUGAAGCCCAACCUGGGAGCCAUCGCCGAGUACAAGAAGAAGGAGGAGCUGUACCUGCAGCGCGUGGCCCAGCUGGACGAGAUCACCACGGAGAGGGACAACUUCAAGCGCGGCUACGAGGACCUCCGCAAGCAGCGCCUCAACGAGUUCAUGACCGGCUUCAACAUGAUCACCAACAAGCUGAAGGAGAACUACCAGAUGCUCACGCUGGGCGGCGAUGCGGAGCUGGAGCUGGUGGACAGCCUGGACCCCUUCUCCGAGGGCAUCAUGUUCAGCGUCCGGCCGCCCAAGAAGAGCUGGAAGAAGAUCUUCAACCUGUCGGGCGGGGAGAAGACGCUGAGCUCCCUGGCCCUGGUGUUCGCUCUGCACCACUAUAAACCCACGCCGCUCUACUUCAUGGACGAGAUCGACGCCGCCCUCGACUUCAAGAACGUCUCCAUCGUGGCCUGUUACAUCUACGAGCAAACAAAGAACGCUCAGUUCAUCAUCAUCUCUCUGAGGAACAACAUGUUCGAGAUCGCCGACCGGCUCAUCGGCAUCUACAAGACGCACAACACCACCAAGAGCGUGGGAAUCAACCCCAAGACCAUCGUCUUCAAAGAGCACGACGCCAUCACUGCUUGA